AUGUUGCGAAAGUGUGUGAAUAGUUGAGAGAGUGCUCAAAUGAAAGUCCUUUAUAAUUAUACCGCUGGCCCUGGCAAUUGACUGUGCAGCUGUGGCCUGAUCUGAUAUUGAUAAACAGCGCUAGCCUGGCCUGGGUUGUUUUCACAAACAAAACUGUAUGUAGGCCUAGUGCAGUACAGUUAAUCGUAGUAGACUCUAGGCCUAGUUUUUCUUACCAAUAUUAAAACAAUAAUUUAGCAAGGAAAUAUCCUGGCUAAACUGAGGACUUGUUUGUUGACAUUGCUUUGUACAUUUUAUUGUACCAACUGACUGAACAUAUUUUUUACCAACUGUGAAGGAGGCCGAGGUAGACUUAACCCAAAGAAGAAAAGAAGACUGCACAAGAUCAAGAGCACCUUGCCAGACAUUGCCAUCUUUAUAUAUGUUAUAUCCUGAUACACAGUUCGAAGUCCUGUGUAGGUCAAUUUGAUUCGAAUCAGAAUGUCAAUUACUCACACUGUCAGCUAUAAUAUUUUGAGUGAUUAGGCAGAACAAAAAUGUGUGAUAUAUUCAAAGCUGCAUAAGUAAUAUUAAAAACUGAAUAAGUAGAUCAAGAAUCUAUAUAGAUCCCAGAUCUAAAUGUUUAAAAAGAGAUUACAUGUACGCUGAGAACAAGUUUUUGAACCACAACAACAUGCAGUACAUGAGUCGAUCGAGUGUAUCAUUGUGGAGCACAGGCAUUACAAUUUGGUGACUUUUUAACAUCUGAGCUACAUAGGCCUGAUUUUCUACUUGUGGCUUAGUGAGUGAGGAGAAAUAAUUAAAGAACUCCUUUUUCCUAAGAUUAUUCACCAUGCCUGUGAAAAGGGCAAGUCGUAAACGCAGGAUUAUUAAGACGGAGCCUGAAGAAAUUGUAAAUGGGCACAGGAGUGAUGAUACAGAAGACGCGGACUUGGAUGCUCUUGCAAUGAUAGAGAUGGACGCAGCAAUGGAGGAUGUACUGCAGUCCUUUAAAUCAAGUGGCUUGUCCAACGCCAUUCCUAGACGUGCUACGUCCGAGCCAUACUGUGAGAUCACAGAGCAGCCCAAACAAAGGGAUCAUCGCUUCCGCUACCCAGUAGAAGGACGCCAGGCUGGUAGCAUCGCAGGGGAGAAAUCCACAUCUGAUCUGCCCUCUUAUCCGACUAUCAAGGUGGCCAAUUUGAGUGGGCGAGCCAAGGUGGUAGUAUCCUUGGUGACCAAGAAUGAUCCGCCCCUUCCCCAUCCCCAUCGUCUGGUAGGUGAUGGUUGCAGAGAUGGUGUAUGCACCAGAAUGAUUGAUCCACAAAGACCAGAAGUAGUCUUUCAUAAGAUUGGAGUGCAGCGUACAAUGAAUAAAGAGGUGGAGAACUCACUUGAGGAGAGAAAGAGGGCUGGUGUCAAACUAUCCAUGGUGGUGAAUAAGGGAAAGACUGGUAAAAAACACAAUUACGAGAUGAAGGCUGUUCGACUCUUCUUUGAAGUUUACAUUGAGACAAUAGAAUCAUCCGGUGUCUUUGACAAAUACCUGACCCCAGUCACAUCUACUGCAGUAUACGACAAGAAGGAUACAGUGCUCUCCAUCUGUCGUGUCAAUAUCAGUACUGGUAGCGUGGAAGGAGGCGAUGAACUCUUCAUUCUUUGCGAAAAAGUUCAAUCAGAUGAUAUCAAGGUGAAGUUCUAUGGACAUGACGCUGAAAAGAACCAACCCUGGGAAGCAUUUGGUGAAUUCAGUCCAAGUGAUGUCCACAGACAGUUUGCCAUUGUGUGCAAGACACCUCGCUUUGUGAAUCAGAACAUCAAGACAGCAGUGACGGUUCAGUUCCAUCUCUACCGACCUUCAGAUGAUGAAUCAAGCAGAGAGAUGCCUUUCAUCUACAAGCCCCGGGAGUCUGUUCAUGGUUUUAGAGAUAUUGAGAAGAAGAAGAGAAAGUUAUCUCACAAGGGGCCUGAAGAGUACAACAAGUUCUUCACCAGCAGUGGCCAACCAUUCAAGACUGAGACCCUUGGAGCAAGUUCCCAAUCAUGCAGUGGUGCUCCAUUGGGUCAGCCUGUAUCCAACGCACAAUCAACCCUCACGCCAACACCUGUUACCAUGGCAAUGGCAUCAUCAGACACCAGACGUAGCCUGCGACAACAUCUCAUGAGAGGAGACCAAACGCUUGGCGUGAGUGAACCCCAGCCUACUCUACUUGGCAAUGUCAUAUAUGCUGGAGGCACGGCACAGAUUCAGCAGGAUAGAAACCUACCAUUGACCUUCACCAGCGAAGCACACAUGAGCUCCGGUACCAUGAUACAGCAACCACAACAACCGCAGCAACCGCAGCAUCAACCGGUCAGCACUGACCAAGGUACACUGGACAUCCCAGCUCAAGCGUUCCUGAUAUCCCUCGCCACCAACGAAGAGAUGGAGCAAGAUCCUCAGGAUGAGGAACGCACAACCAGCUUGCAGAGAAUCAAUGCUAUAGCCAAUGAGCUCAUGUCUUCUGUUGAGGCAACUGGAGGGGCUGUUGGAGGAAACGAGCGUGUCAUCGUGCAGUCCGUGCCGCAUCCUAACAUACUGAGUGAUCUGACAUACAGCAAUCUGGAUACGGUAGACAUCGCGGCAUUUCAGGAUGUAACAGCAACGAUUAAUGAUGAUCUUGUGUAUAGCGCGUAUAAUGACUCUGUUAUGGAUAUGAACAAUACCAGUAAUAGUAACAACAACAACAAUAAUCCAAUGGGAUAGCAAUGUGGUCAGAUUGCAAGAACUUUGAUGACUCUUAGAAGGGUAUGGCAUUCUUGAUUCAUUUUCGGGAAAUGGAAAGAGGAAGAUAGGCCUGUUGUAUGAAAUGUUUUUGAGAUUGCAUAUAGAAAAUUGAUCAUCUUAUAUCAUGUGUACAUGGAGAAAGCUUACAAAGAAAUUUGAUAAUCUUUCAUGGAUACAUUAUUUCUGAAAAGAAUAAUUAGACAGCUGACAUUGUUGACAUGAAGUCAUUCGUGUACUGGUACUUCAAGGAAUUCUGUGUCAUUUGUAACUUUUCUCUUGUGGUAAUCUUUGCCACUUUCUCAGCUACUAGUAACAUGAGGAAGCAACUGAGGUUUUUUAAACGGCAUUUAGAGAUAAGUGUUGAUAGGGUACAUUUGUAAAUAGUUUUCAUCAGUAUUGUACUAUCUCAUAAUCAGUAAUGAUGCAUGCUGUUAAGGUUAUUUACAUUUUGAUGUAAGAUGGGGGUUAAAGAUUUGAGUAUUAUCUUGUCUUUUUCAAGAAAACAUUUGUGAAACUGUUACCGACAAAAAAAAGAGAGAGUCUUUUUGUAUAUAUUUACUCCAUAUGUACAUUGUUUUCAUAUUAUGAUUAUGAACUGCCAUCACUGUUAAACAUUAAUCCCUUCCUUAUUCGCAUCAUGGUAGCAAGAAAUGUUAUCCAUCAUCAAAAUACAUGUUAAUGGGAUCCAGAUAUCUAGCUGAUGUGUAGCAUGCUGUGUAUUAUUUUUGUUUCCUCUCUCUUCUUCUUUUAUCCCUGACUUUCACCUUCCAUUGUAAAUAUAUACAUAUAUACAAACAUUUCUAUAGUGUCUUUGAAAGUGAUGAAUCAGUGUUGCUUUGUACAUAACUUGCAGUUGAAAGUGGCUAUAUCAUGUUCUACCAUUUACUAGCAGAUGGAAAUGUAAAAUGCGAUGUAAACUCAAAUAAAAUUAAGACUGUGGAUUCCAUUAUUAGUCAGUUUAUUAUAUUAUAUGUGAUGGAACAUAUAUAAACAUUUUCUGAUUUUGCUUGAACUUUUAGUUGCUUUGAGAACAUGUUUUAAAGGUUUCCCAAAAGUUUCUUGCUGUUAAUAUGGCUGUCAUCAUUUAGAGAAAGAUUCUUGUUUCUGUAGUAAAUUUGGUAAGUACUGAAUUCUGUGUUUGUUGUUGUUUUGCUAUUAAAUGUACCUGCAAGGUACUACUUUUUCUUGCUUACAUGUACAUGUAUUUGAUUUGACAUAGUUGAAACUAUUCUUUUAUUUGGAGUCUGAAGGCAGUCUGCAGUCUCGUGUGGUGAUAUUUUGUUGUCAGUUCUUGGAUUUGAGAAGUGGAGACUUACUGUACAGUGUAUAUAAUGCACUGUGUGGUGUAGCAUUAUGGUAAACUCUGUUUAUCAUCGAAUGUCUGUACAUAAAAUGUAUUUACCAUUAUCAUAUUUUCCACAGAGUUUGAUAAAUCUGUUAUUAUCGGUAGCUAUAGUUAUCUCGUUUUCAUUUAUAGUACCUUUCAAAGGAAAACUUGUCUAUGUAUAAUCUGCUUAGCAGUGAUAUAUUCUUUUUGUAUUGUUUUAUUUGUGAUGUAUAAAUGAAAUAAUUAUAAAAUGAUGUAGAUACGAAGGGGAAAUUGAACUCUACUUUAUGAUAUGCCAGUGUGAUGAAGCAUAUAUCGUUGGGGCAUUUAGAAUAUAGACCUUUGAGGACUAAGAAUAAAUGGCAAACAGUUGCUGAUCGACUUUCUUGAAAAGGGAGAAGAAUCUACAUUAUAUGACUCACUACACUAAUAAUUAUUAUGAAGUUUAAAGAAGAUAACAUUCCAAUGUUCAUUUUAAUUUUCAGAUCUUAUUGUAUUUUUGUUAAAAUAAAAAUAAGACAACACAAAGAAAUAAACAGAAAAUUACACAACUUAGUCUUGUAUUAUACAGUGUGUAUAACAAAAAAGUGAACCCAACUUUGUUAGCUUCUUAUUAAAUAACCUAUGUGACCUUGAACCCAAACUUGGUAUAAAGUAUUUUGACAAAACUUUUUAAAAACCCUUGUGCUUAGUCACCUGUAGCAGAAAUAUUAUGAAUAUGGUAUCAUUGGACAGAAAAAAAAGAAUUUACUGUUCAUAAUGAAAUAGAUUUCACAGUCAUAUAGUUAAAGAAUUUUAAAUUAGGAGCUACCAAAGCUGGAUACACUUUUUUGUUUAAAUAUGCACUGUGUUUUUUUUAAUAGCAUAAUUUUACUUGUACUGCAUGGUAUUUUAUAUGUAUGAGUGUAUAACAAUCUGAUCAUAUAUUGCCUGACUGAUCUUUAUGAUAAAAGUUUGGUAUUCUUAUAGAUAGUGCAUUUAAUGCUUUAUAUGUUUGUACAUUGUUGAGGGUGAUUUUAAGUUUAGUGCUGAAAAUACUGCUUGAAAUUAGAUUAUAUCCAAAUAAUAUCCAAAUUAUGUCCAAAUGAUAUUUAAAUUAUGUCCAAAUAAUAUCCAAAUUAUAUCCAAAACUCAACAACCAAAUGAUGUUGGAUUAAUUUGAUCUGCAAACCAUUCAUAUGAGUUUACUGAUAAUCUAACUUUAAAAACAAACAAGAUAAUGGUUAGGAUUAUGGUCUUGGGACACCAUGGCAGUGAGCUGAGUAGGCCAAACUAUCCUCAAAGGUAUUUUUUUUAAACAUCACAAGCACAUAUUUGAAUUAGGCAUGUGAAUUGAAAAGAUUGAAUGAAUUGAAUUAAUGGAAACAUAAUUAAAGUCCUAAAGGAGGCAUCGCGAAAAAUUAACACAGUUUACAUAAAAAUGUUCUGAUUUAUCACCAAUAGUACUGUACAUUCUUUGAGCAUACUUUGUACAUAGCAGCAUGAGUCUGUGUUUGAUUUGAAAAUAAAUUGAAAAUAGAAAAUGCUGA